AUGAAUAGAAGUUUUAAUGAUGAUGAUGAAACUUUAACAUUGGAAGAGGAAUUCAUGGAAGAUUAUUCUCCUACAAAACAAGGUUAAAUUUAAGUAAUAUUUAGAAAUUCGAGAAUAUGCAAUUCAUUUAGGAAUGAAUUUACCUGAAGACAAUAAAUAUUUGGAUAUUGCAGAAGCUGGUUUAAAAGCAAAGUUACCUGAUGAAUGGAAGAUUUGUUCUAAGAAGAUUAAUGGGAUCGAUUAAGUUUACUAUAAAAAUAAGAAUACCAAGGAAAUAAUUUAUGAUCAUCCUUGUGAUAUGAUUUAUUCAAAGAAAUAUGAGGAAGCUAAAUAAAUUGAUUUAUAAAAUCAGAAGAAAAAAGUAUUUAAGAAUAUAUAUUCCAGAAAUCGACUGGGAUUAAUAAGUUCAAAAAUGAUAUUGAAAAAUAUAGGGUAUUAAAUGGGUAGGAUGGAAAUGAAGAUUCUGAGUCAUUUAUGAUGAACUCAAAUGAAUAUUACUAGAAUAGAUAGAAUCAAGGUUAUGUGAUGUAAAAUCCUAUUUAACCUUCAGCAACUUAGAAUUUAUUAUCUCAAGUUGAUUAAGAAUUUGCAUAAUAAAUUUAAGAAUAUGAGGAUGACAAGAAGAAAGAUGUAAUUAAGUUGAAAGAGGAAAACAAAUAGAAAUUGAAUAAAAUGGAAUUAAUUUUAAUGAAUGAGGCAGAUCCUUAGUUAUUUGAAUUAAAAGAAGAAUAUGAAAGAUAGAAGGAAAAUUUGAUUAAGAGUGAGGAGGAGAAAAAAAAGAAGAUAAAAAGAAAAGUAGAAGAAGAAAUGGAGUAAAAUAUAAGAAAUUAAAAGAAUAUAUUAUAAAAAUAAUUAGAACGUAAUUUUGAGAAUUAUGAAUAUGAAUAAGAGAGAACAAUGAAGAAUAACUUAAGAAUUUUGGAAUAGGAAUUAUAGGGAUAAUAAAAAGAUAUAAUAAAACGAAUUAAUUAAAGAUAAAAGGAAUUAUCAGAUUCAGAUUCUAAAUGGAUGAAAUAAUUAUAGGAGAAAAAAAAGAAUGUUGAGAAUUAAUUAAAUAAAUAUAAAAAAGAAUUAAAUUAGGAAAUUUAUUAAAAGAUUUAAGAAAUAGAUUAAGAAAAUAUGAAAAGAUUAAGAUCAGAGUAAGAAGCUAUUAAGAGAAAAUUAACAAAUGAAUUUGAUAAAGUAAAAAGAGAAUAUAAAUUUGAAAUAGUAGAUCUUUAAGAAGAAAAUCAAAGAAUGAUAAGAUCAAUAAAAGAAGAAAUGAAAAGUUAAUAUGAUCCAAAAUUUAAUUAUAGUUAAUAAACAUUUAAUGAUUAAUUGUAAAAUAUUGAAUUAAGUGAAUCUUAAAUUUUGUAAUCUUAAAUAUUUGAAUACAAAAAUAUAGAUAUUGAAUAGAAAAAGUAAGAAAAUGUUUAAAGAAUUGCUUAAUAAAAUGAAAAAUUAAUUUAAUAAUUAUAAAAUUAACUCAUAAAUUUUGAAGUUUAAAAGAAAGAGAAAUAUUUGGAAAUGAAAAGAAAGUUAGAGGAAACUUUAAGAUUAAAGUUAGAGAAGAUUUAAAAAGAUUAUGAAAAGAAGACAGGUAAAAUAUUAGGAAAUGGAAAAGAAAUAGAUUUAUGUAUGGAAAUUAAUUAAAUUAAAAGUAAUAUAUAAGAAUUGAAAGAAGAAAUAAAAUAUUUGAAAAGAAAAAAGAUUGAAGAUGAAGAGAAAUUAACAGGUAUGAAUAUUGUUAUUUCAAAAUAUGACUUAUAAAAUGAAUUAAAAUAAAGAGAUGUAAUCAAAUAUGAAUUGGACCGUUUGAAAUUUUUGGUUGAAUAAUAUAAGGAAGAUGAUAAAAAAAGUGAAAAAUAAUUAGAGUUAUUAGAAUAAUAGUAUUAGUCAUGUAUAAGAUAAAAUUAAGAAUAUAAUUAGAAAUAAAAACUAAUGGAAACUAUGAUUUAAAGUUUUCAUGAAUUAAGAGAAUAAUUGGCAGCUAAUUAAAGUAUUGAAAAUUCAAAGUUUUAAAGUAAUCUCUUUAAAUAAACAGGCACUUAAUAUUUUGGAACUGAUAUAAAUAUUUAAAAUAAUCUAUCAAUGAAUUAAAGUGUAGUGAUUGAAGAGAAUGUAAUAUAAAUGUAAUUAUAAUUAUUAAUCAUUUAGGCGUAAAUGGAAAUUAAUUUUAUUGGAUGAAAGGGUUGCUUUAAAUAGAGAAAGACAAUUAUAUAAAAUUAAUAAAGAAAAUAUAGAUCAAAUGAAAAAAAAAUUGAUAGUAGAUUCAGAAUAAUUGAAGUCUCAACUUUAAUUAGCAUAAUAAUUUGAUUAAAAUAAUAUGAAGAAAGAUUUAAUAAAGAAAUUAAAAUCAGAAAUAGAAGAAUAAUAAAAAAAAAUUGUAUUUGAUACAGAAAAAUUAGAUAAUUGGAGAUUAGUAAUAUAAUAGAAGUCUAAAAUUUUAGAUUAAAUGGAAAUAAAUAUAAAUGAUGAUAAUCCUUAAUCAUAAUUAUUAUAUUCUCUAGAAUAAUUAUAUUCGUUAUAUUUUAAAAUGGGAGAAGUUGAAUUAACUAAUUAUUUACAAGAAUAAUAAAUCUCGAAACUCAAUUAAUCCUAUAAAUUAUAAGAAAUUUAAUAAUAGUAACAAAAACAAGGGAUUUAAUUUGAUAAUUUAUAAACAAUAAAUUUAGAAUAAUCAGACUAAUUAACAAGACAAUUAAUAUUAUAAAAAGAAGAAUUAUAAAAUUAUAAGAACAAAGUAAUUAUUAAUAUUACAUUUUAGAUCCAUAGUACUAAUCCUUACAGUAUAGAUUCUAGAGAAAGAUUGUUAAGGUACUAAGAAUUUAUAUAAUAAAAAGUAUGA